UCGCAAGUGAAAAUUGUGUUUUAACAAUUUUACAAAAACCAAUUUAAACAUUUUCAUCAACACACAUUAAAAACCAACACACACAAACACACAAUGUUGUGGGAAUCAAUCAUUGAAGAAUCCGGAGAUAUUGCCAUGGAUUACCAAAGCUUCCAAAUCCAAAGAAAUACCCGCAAUCCUUUGUCGCGCCGCUUGAACUUGGAUGCUUCCAUGCCAGACAUGACCAUGGAUGAACUGUCUUUCUAUGGUGAGGAUCACUCCUCUCAAGAUCGUCACUUCACCGCCAGUCCACAAUUGAUGGGUCUCUUGUCGCCUGAAGGCUCACCUGAACGCUUCCAAAUUGUCGACAAAUCCAGCAAAUUCUUGCACAGCCGCAAAGCCUUGAACUUGAAAUCAUUGGCCUCGCAAAAUGCCAAGAACACAGUCACCAGCUCAAACACUCCCUCAAAAGGCAGCUUCCGCGUUUUCCAAAGCAUGUCCUCCACCGGUUCCAUGGAAUCAUCUAUGGAUGAUGAAUACAUGGAAUUUUUCGAUAUGGAAAAUCUUGAACCCCAACAACAACAAAACUUCCCCAGCGAUUUGAGCUCACUGAUCAGUGGCCAAAUCAUCAAGAAUUCCCCCGUCAAAACUCCAGAAAUGCGCCGCCCCUCAGUGAGACGUUGCUUGAGCAUGACUGAAAACAACCAAUACACCAAGACCCCCGAAAGUAGCCUAAAUGCUGCCGCCAACAACAACAACUCAGCCUCCCGUCUGAAUGGCAGCUUCAAGCGUCCCGAACCACCAUCCACCACCUGCUCACCCAUCCAAAGCAAACGCUACCGUGGCGAUGAGAAAGAGAAUUUGGAUGGUUCAUUCACUGGUCUGCAAAAGAACACCUCCCCCAGCUCCACAGCCGCUCCCCGCCCCAGCCUCCGCAAAUGCAUGUCAAUGAACGAUGCCGAAAUCAUGUCUGCCCUCAACCGUUCGGAAAACAAUGACGAACCCGAUUUAAUCGGCGAUUUCAGCAAACCCUAUGUCUUGCCCUUGAUCCCAGGCCGUCAUCGUGAUCUCAAAUCGAUUAGCAGUGAAACCGUAGCUCGUCUCUUGCGUGGUGAAUUCGACGAUAAAGUAGCCAACUACAGAAUCAUCGAUUGCCGUUACCCAUACGAAUACGAGGGUGGUCACAUCCGUGGCGCCAAGAACCUCUACACCCAAGAACAAAUCAUCGAAGAAUUCUUGUCCCAACAAAUGACUGAAAUGCAACAAGCCCGCAACGAAGCCUCCGGCAACAAGCGCAAUAUCAUCAUCUUCCACUGUGAGUUCUCCUCCGAGCGUGGUCCCAAACUAUCCCGUUUCUUGCGCAACUACGAUCGCGCACGCAACACCAAUGCCUACCCCGCUUUGGAUUACCCCGAGGUAUACUUGUUGCACAAUGGCUACAAAGAGUUCUUUGAAAACCACAUUGAGCUCUGCGAACCCCAUGCCUACCGCCCCAUGUUGGAACCCGCCUACAACGAAGAAUACCGCAUCUUCCGUGCCAAGUCAAAGUCAUGGAAUGGUGAUUUGGGUGCCGGCACAACCCGCAUGAAGAAGUCUCGUUCCCGUUUGAUGCUGUAAAUGGUGUGCCAUCGCACCAACAGCCUGACUACUUGAACAACACCCGCCCA